UGUCAAAGCAUCUCUCCUCUCGAGCCUUCCUCUCCUGCACAGCCAUCUCUUCCUCUUUCCUUGCUUGCUUGCGAGGAGAGAGAGAGAGAGGAGAGAGGAGGAGGAGACCACCGCCACGCGGUUGCGGUUGCGGUUGCUCCAGAUCUAGGGCAAGCGGUGGCCGGAGCGCGGCGGCGGCGGAGGAGGAGAGAUGAAGCCGUCGAUGCGGAGCCGGCAGGAGCCGCGGCGGGUGAGCAACGGCGUCAUCAUCGCCGCCAUGCUGCUCUCCCUCUGCGUCCUCAGCAUCGUCAAGGCCAGAUACUGCUCCACCCCCUUCGCUAAGCCCGACGACCAGCUGCAGGAGCAGAUGAACUCCAGCAUCAGGAUGGAGACCGACGAGCCGGCGACCAAGGCGGUGGGAGAGCAAGAAGAGGAGGAAGAGGAGGAGGAGAGCUCCGGCGGCGGCGGCGGCGUUGAGCCUGCGGUUACCACCACUCCUGCCACCACCGUCGUCGUCGCCGGCGGCGGGAAGAGGAAGCCGACCUGCCACAUGACGAGCAAGCGGUCGGAGCGGUGCGAGGCUCGAGGGGACAUUCGUGUGGAGGGGAACGCCUCCACCAUCUACAUCGGCGGGAUCGACAGGGAGUGGAAGACGAAGCCGUACGCGCGGUACCACGACCCCGUCGCCAUGGCCUACGUCCGCGAGUUCACCCUCAAGCCGGCCACCGCGGCCGCGCCGGCGUGCACCAGGAACCACUCCGUGCCGGCCUUCGUCUUCUCCAACGGCGGCUUCUCCGGCAACCUGUACCACGACUACACCGACGUGCUGAUGCCGCUGUUCCUGAGCACCCACCAGUUCAAGGGCGAGGUGCAGUUCCUGCUCAGCGGGCUCAAGCCAUGGUGGGUGAACAAGUUCAACCUCUUCUUCCGGCAGCUCACCAAGUACGACAUCCUCGACAUCGACAACGACAAGGACGUGCACUGCUUCCCUCGGAUCGUGGUCGGCGCCACCUUCCACAAGGACAUGGGCGUGGACCCGAAGCGCUCGCCGGGCCAUGUCUCGGUAGUGGACUUCAAGCGCGCGCUCCGCCGCGCCUUCGGGCUGGAGCGCGCGGCGGCGUCCCGUGGCGGCAUCACCGGGAACGGCAAGCCCAGGCUGCUCAUCAUCUCCCGCAAGAACUCGCGGCGGUUCCUCAACGAACGGGAGAUGGGGCAGGCCGCCGCGGCGAUGGGCUUCGAGGUCCGCAUCGCGGAGCCCGACCAGCACACCGACAUGUCCACCUUCGCCCAGCUGGUCAAUUCCGCCGAUGUCAUGAUCGGCGUCCAUGGCGCCGGCCUCACCAACAUGGUGUUCCUCCCCCGCGGCGCCAUCCUCAUCCAGGUGGUGCCAUUCGGGGGCCUGGAGUGGCUGACCUCUGUCACCUUCAAGAACCCGGCCAAGGACAUGGAGGUCACCUACAUGGAUUACAAUGUGCAGCUGGAAGAGAGCUCGCUGAUCGAUCAGUACCCGCGCAACCACCAGGUGCUCACCGAUCCCUACGCCGUGCACAAGCAAGGCUGGGACGCGCUCAAGACGGCGUACCUGGACAAGCAGAACAUCAAGAUGGACAUGGACAGGUUCAAGAAGACAUUGCAGGAGGCGCUCGACAAGUUGCCGCCUGCAUGAUGAGAGCUGCAAACUGAUAGGAGCUCAAGCCCACGAGGUGGUGGUGGUGGUGGUAGAUAGAUAGGUUGGUGUAUCUAUCUGUGCCUUCUCUUGCUUAACUUAUUUUUCUUUUUGAAAUUCUUUUUACCCCUUCUUCUUCCUUUAGCAACAUUCAUUUAAUCUGUUGUUUUGGAAAAAAAAAAGAGGAUGAACAAGAACAUCAUGUUACAUAUGUGCAGAAGCUGAGUAAUUUAUACCCUUUGUGAUUAUUGCUUGCUUGUUUACAAGUAAAUGUCAAGAUACAAAA